UACAUGACUUGAAAGUAUACUACUCAGAGGUGUAUAUAAGCCGGUUUUCCCUCAAUUCCCGGAGCUCAUUUCCCUCAUUCCGUUCUGCUGUAAAUAAAGCAACUCUUUCUAGAAGCCUAUAAUCUCUUCAUAUAUCUACUAGCCCCGCUAUCGGACAAAAUGGCGCCCAAGAUCGCAAUUGUCUUCUACUCUAUGUAUGGUCACAUCGCCAAGCUGGCGCAGGCCGAGAAGGAGGGUAUUGAGAAGGCUGGUGGUUCUGUCGACCUAUUCCAGAUCCCCGAAACCCUCUCCGCCGAUGUUCUCGCAAAGAUGCACGCCCCUGGUCAAUCAGCCGACAUCCCACUUCUCGAAGACCCAGCUGUCCUCGAGGAGUACGACGCCUUCCUGUUGGGUAUCCCCACGAGAUAUGGUAACUUUCCUGCCCAGUGGAAGACAUUCUGGGACAAGACCGGCAAGCAGUGGGCCACCGGUGGCUACUACGGCAAGAUGGCCGGCCUCUUCAUCUCAACUGCCAGUCUCGGUGGUGGCCAGGAAUCAACUGCUAUUGCUGCCAUGUCUACCCUCGCCCACCACGGCAUAAUAUACGUGCCUUUCGGCUUCGCCAAGGCUUUCGGAACCAUGAGCGAUCUCUCCGAGGUCCACGGUGGUGGCCCCUGGGGUGCUGGUACCUUCGCCAGUGGUGAUGGCUCUCGCCAACCUACUGCCAAGGAGCUCGAGAUCGCCACCAUCCAGGGCGAGGAGUUCUACAAGACCGUCGCCAAGUACACUGGUUGACUGCAUGGCGGUGGAUCGGAGAAGGUGAAGAAGGAGGAAGCCAAGCCGGUACCAGCGGCACAGGCGACAGCUUCCGGUGCGGAGGCUGCGACUAACAACAAAAAGAAAAGUGAGGGACCUUGCGGCUUGCCGGCAAAAUGUGUUGUUCAGUAGCCUGUCUUCACAGCAACCAU